GUCACUUUAAAUUUAUGCUGAAUUUGGCUCGUUGAAAAAAAUAAACAACUAAAGUGUGUCUGCUGCGCAUGCGUCAACUCGAUGUGUACGGAAGAGCUGUAGCGGCACGUCGAAACGGUGUGAAGUGAAAUGUUCAAACACGUUUUUCUGACAGGACCUCCAGGUGUGGGGAAAACUACUCUGGUCCAGAAAGCCUGUGAUGCUUUAGUGUCAUCGGGGGCGGCAGUAGAAGGGUUUUACACCGAGGAGGUGAGGGAGGGAGGCCGGAGAGUCGGCUUUGAUGUCGUCACAGUGACUGGAGAGAGGGGCCACCUGUCCAGAGUCAGAGACGCCGCCGGUUCACCUUACGGCGGACGGGAAUACACAGUUGGGCAGUAUGUGGUCGACUUGCCUUCAUUUGAAAACUUGGCUCUCCCCCUCUUCAGAAAUGUCGGGUCAGCAGGUGGGGGCGGCGGGAAGGUGUUCGUCGUUGACGAGAUUGGCAAAAUGGAGCUCUUCAGCCAGUCGUUCGUCAGGGCGGUGAGGCAGACUUUAGAUAGCUCCUCCUGCACCAUCCUGGGCACCAUCCCCAUCCCCAAGGGGAAACCACUGGGUCUCGUGGAAGAGGUGCGGAGCAGGAGAGAUGUCAAGGUCUUCACUGUGUCGAAGGAAAACAGAAAUGCCAUUUUACAAGACAUUCUAGCAACACUACAAACUUGUCUCAAGCAUGGCCCCUAAUAAUGAGAUUGAGAGCAGCAAAAGGCGAAAGACACUUCUGCAUUUGUUUCAUGCUGACGACAAGUUGCAUGUGUGUCAGUGCAUUACGCAGUGCACACAGCUCUGCAUGAGGAGUUAGUGUGUCACAUGCAUGUAUUUAUGUACACAAUUUUUUUUCCCAUUCUCAUACGGCCUCAAAAUGGAUUGCAUGCUGAAUAAUUGAUUGUUGAGAUGGAACACAUGGAGGGAAUUGUUCAGUUAGUGUGCAAAUAUCUCGUGCUCUCCGAGUCAAAGACGGCUAAUAACAGCUGUUUUAUUUUGUAUUCAGCCGUUGUUGGUGUUAUAGAGACCCCACCUGGCAUUUCUCCUAUAUUUGUGUGUAAUAGUAAUUAGUUCAUGAGAACAAGUGGUGCUUUUCAUUUUUCUUUUUUAAUAAAUGGGCAAACGAGACCUGUUUAUUCAUUUAGUUCUUCGCUAUGUGAGCCCGACUUGUGUGUGUCUAGUCAUCCUGAGGUUGUGCGCAUUGAAAAUCAAUCAAUAUUUAACGGUGCAAUUAUGUCCAAUCCUGUCAUGGUUUAUUCAUCCACCAGCAUGAAUAAGAAAAUAGGAAAAUAAACAGAUAUUGUCUUUC